UGCACAUCAAGAUGGCUCCGCUCACGCUUCAGGAAAAGUUUUGUGGCGUUCGCUCUUCGACAGUUCUCGAUGGCUCUCCUCACAGAUGUCUCCUCGCAUCAUAAGCCACAGAUUUACUUCGCAGCAUGAGCGCCACAACCACAAACGACGGAUUCACCGUCGUCAAGAAAGGCAAGCGGCGCAAACCGAAACGCGCUCCGUUUCAAACAUCAGCGGUGGGGACGCCGGGAGCGGAAGACGAACCCGACGAAGCCAACAUCCUACGGCGGAUCGCCGAAGCCGAAGCGGACCUGGAAGGGUCUGCGUACGUGCAAAACCUACAAGAUGUUCUCUUCAAGUCUGCGGCGUUCUGCCGUGACAAGGACUCCCCGGUCAUGCACGUGGUUUGCUACGGCCUCGGCAGCUUCUCGCGUUGCGUCAACGCGCGUUAUCAGCUGGCUUUGUUGAUUUGUAUUCGCCGCUAUCUAUCGGCGAGUAGUGCGGUUGUGUACGACCCGGUUUUCACGGCGUUGGAGCGUCGCGUUCUCGCUUUCCUGGAAUUUGACGUGCUGGAACAAAACGAAGAAGGAAAACGCUGCGUGAAAGAACGUACUCUGUUUUUCAUGCCGCACUGCGGAACGCCAUUGUACAACAGCCUUCUGUGGGCGAACUGGACUAAAACUUCGCUGAACAAUAUUCUUAUCUUGGGGAACAGUUUCGACAGGAUCUGGACUAAUAAGUUGGACCGUGUUCUCGACGAGAAGUGUUCUUUUCUGUUGAGCGUGAAACCGGCGGUUCGAGAGUUCGCGAUCGUCAACAAUUUCCGAUACGCGGACGUCUUUAAUGACAUGUCGUUGCACGCUUUCGACGGUGCGCUGUUGCAUGAUGAUGUCUGGCUGUCGAAGCAGGAGCCCUUCUACGGAAAAGACGACGAGAUUGUGCUUGCUCUUCGGAACUGUCAGGUUUAGACUGCAAAUAAAGAAAUUUAUGCACAAGG